AUGGCGACCAUCAUCUUGGGCUCCCAAUGGGGAGACGAAGGUAAAGGCAAACUGACCGACCACCUCUUGGCGUCCAACGCGUUUGACAUUUGCGCGCGCGCGGCCGGUGGCCACAAUGCCGGCCACUCGAUCAACUUCCACCUGUUGCCCUCCGGCCUCAUCAACCCCAAGACCGACAACCUCAUCGGCUCCAGCGUCGUCUUCAACGCCGAGGCCUUCUUCAAGGAGCUCGGCGACCUCGACGCCAAAGGCGUCCCCGACGUCCACCGCCGCAUCCAUGUCAGCUCCCGCUGCCACCUCAACUUUAUGCUGCACGCCGCCGUCGACGGCCUCUCGGAAGUCAAGCGCGGCAACGAGUCCAUCGGCACCACCAAGCGCGGCAUCGGCCCGUCCUACGCCAACAAGGCCUCGCGCGACGGCCUGCGCGUCAUUGACAUCUACUCGGCCUCGUUUGAGCGCAAGCUGCGCGAGCUCGCCGACAGCUACCGCGAUCACUACGGUGAUCUGCUGCAGUACGACGUCGAGGCGGAGCUGCGCAACUACGCCGGCUACAAGGAGAAGCUGCGGCCGUACAUUGUCGACGCCGUGGCGUACAUGCAAGAGGCACAGGCGGCGAAGAAGUCGAUUCUGGUGGAGGGAUCGCAGGCACUGAUGCUCGACAUCGACUACGGCACGUACCCCUACGUCACGUCGUCCAACACCAGCCUGGGCGGCUGCAUCCAGGGCCUGGCCCUCAGCCCCUUCAGCCUCAAAAACGUCAUUGCCGUCGUCAAGGCGUACACCACCCGCGUCGGCGGCGGGCCCUUCCCCACCGAGCAGCUCAACGACGUCGGCACCAAGCUGCAGGACAUUGGCGGCGAGAUCGGCGUGUCCACCGGCCGCCGCCGGCGCUGCGGCUGGCUGGACCUGGUCGUCCUCAAGUACUCCAUGGCCGUCAACCACUACACGACCAUCAACCUGACCAAGCUCGACGUCCUCGACACCUUUGCCACCAUCCGCGUGGCCACGGCCUACGUCACGCCCGACGGCCAGAAGCGCACGACCUUCCCGGCCGACCUGGGCGAGCUCGAGACCUACGAGGUCGAGUACGCCGAUUUCGAGGGCUGGCAGACGUCGACGAGCGGCGUGCGGGACUGGGACAAGCUGCCCGCGCAGGCGCAAAAGUACAUUUCGUUUAUCGAGGAGUUUGUCGGCGCCAAGGUCGCGUACAUUGGCACGGGCCAGGACCGGAAGGACAUGAUUAUUCGGCAAUAG